AUGGUGAUCUACACGCCCAGUCGCUCAGACACCGCCAGUGACGACGACUCUAUCAGAAUGAAGUUCGUCUACUUCAGCAACGAGUUUCCCCACGACGACUUGCAACAUGUAUUCCGCAGGCUCCACCAGCACAGCAAAGACCGGCGACAUCCCAUCCUCGCCCGGUUUCUGGACGAGGCCACACUCGCCCUACGUGACGAAGUACGACAGCUGAACACGGUCUUAAAAGCAUCGAUCCCGCCCUUCGAGUCCAUCUUGAACUUUGCCGACUUUGCCGAGCUUCGCAAGGGUCCCCUCUGCGGUUCCGUCGACGGCAUCCUCCUCUGCGUUGUUGAGCUGGGAACGUUGAUUGGCUACUAUGAGAAUUCUCCAGAUGCCUUCGACUCUGCUACCGUCAGCACAUCUCUGGCCGGCCUGGGGAUCGGGCUUUUGGCCACUGCCGCAGUCUCCCUGGCUGCCACUGUUGCGGACCUCCCUCUCACCGGAGCCCAAGUGGUCCGGCAGGCCUUCCGACUCGGUGUUUUGGUGGACGAGGUAUCACAGAAUUUGCAACCUCGCGACCUCACAGACACGAGCACACCCGACUCGUGGGCCUACGUGCUGCCGGACAUAAGCGCAGACCAAGUCCAGCAGGAUCUUGACGCGAUUCACGCAAAGGAGAAAACGCCGGAAGCUAGCAAGGUCUUCAUCAGCGCGCUGAGCGCAACUUCGGUAACCAUCAGCGGGCCGCCGGCAAGAUUGAAGGCUAUGUUCCGCACGGCCGAUUUCUUCCGCCAUCGCAAACACGUUGCUCUGCCCGUUUACUCGGGCCUGUGCCACGCAAAACACAUUUACACCGAGCAAAACGUCGAUCAAGUCGUCCGAACGCGCUCGAUGCAGUCGCUGAACGCCUCCUUCUCGCCACGGAUCCCCAUCUACUCGACCGCCACUGGAAGCAUCUUCACCGCCGCGACGGCGACUGAGCUGUUCCAGCAAAUUAUCGCGGAGAUUCUCACGCAGCCGAUCAGGUGGGAUAGCGUGAUCCAAGGCGUGAUCCAACAUGCCCGCGAGAUCGGGGCGGCCCAAUUCCAGGUGCUUGUCUUCCGAGUCUCUCUUGCCGUCCACGACCUCUCGGCGGCCCUGAGCAAAGUCCCAGGUCUGGAGAGCUCUACAGAGGAGCUCAUCCCUUGGAUCCACGACACGAAUACCGAGAGCGCAGGCCCAAGAGGGCCGCUGCAGUCCAAAAUCGCCAUCGUAGGCAUGUCAUGCCGCAUGCCCGGCGGGGCGACCAACACGGAGAAGUUCUGGGAGCUGCUGGAGAGCGGGCUGGACGUGCACCGGAAGAUCCCAGCGGACAGGUUCGACGUCGACAGCCACUACGAUCCGGCCGGGAAGCGAGUCAACGCGAGCCACACGCCGUACGGAUGCUUCAUCGACGAGCCGGGCCUGUUCGACGCGCCCUUCUUCAACAUGUCGCCGCGCGAGGCACAGCAGACGGAUCCCAUGCAGCGGCUCGCCAUCGUGACGGCGUACGAGGCGCUCGAGAGGGCGGGCUAUGUGGCGAACCGGACUGCCUCGACCAACCUGCAUCGGAUCGGGACCUUCUACGGCCAGGCUAGCGAUGAUUAUCGAGAGGUCAACACGGCACAGGAGAUCAGCACCUACUUCAUCCCCGGCGGGUGCCGUGCUUUUGGCCCCGGCCGCAUCAACUAUUUCUUCAAGUUCUCUGGGCCAAGCUACAGUAUUGAUACAGCAUGUUCCUCGAGUCUGGCCACCAUCCAAACCGCUUGCACCUCGCUCUGGAACGGAGAUACAGACAUGGCUGUGGCUGGUGGCAUGAAUGUCCUGACAAAUUCGGACGCGUUCGCUGGCCUCAGCCACGGCCACUUCCUCUCCAAGACGCCGAACGCGUGCAAGACGUGGGACUGCGAGGCAGACGGCUACUGCCGUGCCGACGCCGUCGGAUCCAUUGUCAUGAAGCGUCUCGAGGAUGCCGAAGCCGACAACGACAACAUCCUAGGCGUCAUCGUCGCCGCAGCCACCAACCAUUCGGCCGAGGCAGUGUCGAUCACGCACCCUCACGCUGGCCACCAGGCGUACCUGGGCAGGCUGGCGAUGAACCGAGCGGGCGUUGACCCGCUGGAUGUGGGCUACGUCGAGAUGCACGGCACCGGCACCCAGGCCGGCGAUGCCGAGGAGAUCCAGUCGGUGACAGACGUGUUCGCGCCUAUCACAAAGCGCCGUACCGCCAAGAACCCGCUUUACAUCGGCGCCGUAAAGGCAAAUGUCGGUCACAGUGAAGCCGCCGCCGGCGUCACGGCCCUGCUCAAAGUGCUCCUCAUGAUGCAGAAAAAUGCCAUCCCGCCCCACGUCGGAAUCAAGAACAGCCUCAACCCAAAGUUCCCCAAAGACAUGGACAAGCGAAACAUCCAUAUCCCCUACAACAAGAUAGAGUGGCCACGUCUGCCGGGAAAGAAACGCCUUGCCGUCGUGAACAACUUCAGCGCUGCUGGCGGCAACACGACUGUUGCCAUCGAAGACGCACCAGUGCGAGAGGUGACCGAGACGGAUCCGCGCUCCACCCACGUCAUUGCCGUGUCGGCCAAGAGCAAGAUCUCUCUGAGAGGGAACUUGGAGAGGCUUCUCGGGUAUCUGGACAAUAAUCCCCACGUCUCGCUGGCCGAUCUUGGCUACUCCACCACGGCUCGCCGCUACCACCACAACCACCGCGUAGCCAUUGCCGCAUCGGACAUUGCCCAGGUGAAGAAACAGCUCACGUCUGCUCUUGGAUCCGUCGACUCCCACAAGCCCAUCCCCGCGACAGGACCGCCCCCCGUAGCCUUUGCUUUCACCGGCCAGGGAGCAUCCCACAAGUCCUUCAACCUGGACCUGUUCCACCACUCGCCGCACUUCCGGUCCCAGAUCCUGCACCUAGAUUCCCUCGCCCAGGGCCAGGGUUUCCCCUCCUUCGUUCCCGCUCUAGAUGGAAGCCAUCAGCAAGACCACCAACACCCGCCCGUCGUCACGCAGCUGGCCCUGGUGUGCACCGAGAUUGCCGUCGCCAAGUACUGGGGCUCGCUGGGCGUGAAGCCCAACGUGGUGAUCGGGCACAGCCUGGGCGAGUUCGCGGCGCUGCACGUCGCCGGCGUGCUCUCGGCCAGCGACACCAUCUUCCUCGUCGGCCAGCGGGCGACGAUGCUGGAGCAGAAGUGCAGGGUCGGCAGCCACAAGAUGGUGGCUGUGCGCGCGUCCGUGGCCCAGAUCGAAGAAGGCGCCGGAGGGAGGCCGUACGAGAUUGCUUGUGUCAAUGGCCCGAGGGAUACCGUGCUCAGCGGGCCUGUCGCGGACAUGGAUGUUAUUAUCCCGGUCCUUGAAGCGGCGGGAUUCAAAUGUUUCAGCCUCGAUGUUGCGUUCGCGUUCCACUCUGCUCAGACGGAUCCGAUCCUCGACGAAUACGAGGCCAUUGCCAACAGCGGCGUCGUCUUCCAGCAGCCGCACCUGCCCGUCGUGUCUCCCUUGCUGAACAAGGUCAUCUUCGACGACAAGACCGUCAACGCCAACUACCUGCGUCGAGCCACCCGCGAGACAGUCAACUUCCUCUCUGCCCUCGAGACAGCCCACCGGAUCGGCACCAUUGACGAUGAGACCGCGUGGAUCGAGAUCGGACCCCAUCCCGUCUGCAUGGGAUUCGUCCGAUCCACUUUGUCGCACGCCCACGUCGCCGUCCCAUCGCUGCGCAGAGGUGAGGAUAAUUGGACGACCAUAGCACAGAGCCUGGCGACUCUGCACUGCGCCGGCGUGCAGAUCGGCUGGAACGGGCUGCACGAACCCUUCGAAAAGGCUCUCCGGCUGCUGGACCUGCCUACGUACGCAUGGAACGACAAGACGUACUGGAUCCAGUAUAAUGGCGACUGGGCUCUUACGAAGGGCAACACUUUCUACGACGCCGAGAAGGGACUUGAUAAGGCUCGGAUUGCGUCCGCUGCCGUGCCCAAGUCGAGUCUCAGCACGUCUACCGUUCAACAGAUUAUCGAGCAGAGUUUCAACGGGACGGCGGGGACUGUGGUCAUGCAGUCGGAUCUGAUGCAGCCAGACUUCCGCGCUGCGGCUUGGGGACACAAGAUGAAUGGAUGUGGUGUGGUAACAUCGUCCAUCCAUGCAGAUAUCGCAUACACGCUCGGCGAGUAUCUGUACAAAAAGCUCAAGCCCAGCAGCAAAGAAGUGCAGGUCAACAUUGCAAACCUCGAGGUUCUCAAAGGCCUGGUUGCAAACAACAACACCGACAAGCCACAACUCAUCCAAGUCUCGGCAACGACAGCCGAUAUAAACUCCAACACGGCCGAGCUGAAAUGGUACAACGUCCACCCCGGCACCGGCACCGUAGACGAGCCCUUCGCCAGCGCGACGCUCGAGUACGGAAGCGCCUCCUCCUGGCUCGACACCUGGGUGCCGACCACGCACCUCGUGCAAGCCCGCAUAUCCGACCUGGAGCAUCUCGCCGAGCGCGGCGUGGCCAACCGCUUCACGCACAACAUGGCGUACCAGCUCUUCGCCGCCAACCUCGUCGACUACGCCGCCAAGUACCGCGGCAUGCGCUCGGUCGUGCUGCACGGCCUGGAAGCCUUCGCCGACGUGGUCCUCUCGACCGAGCAGGGCGGCGCGUGGACGGUUCCGCCUUACUUCAUCGACAGCGUCGCCCACUUGGCUGGCUUCGUCAUGAACGUGUCGGACGCGGUCGACACCAGAAAUAACUUCUGCGUCACGCCUGGUUGGCACUCCAUGCGGUUCGCCAGGCCGCUGGUCGCGGGGGAGAAGUACCGCUCCUACGUCAAGAUGAUCCCCACCGCCGACGAUCCGUCCGUGUUCCUGGGCGACGUGUACAUCCUGCAGGACGGUGUCAUCGUGGGCAUGGUUGGCGGCAUCCGGUUCCGCCGGUACCCGCGCAUCUUGCUCAGUCGCUUCUUCUCUGCACCGGACGACGCCAAGGCGGGGCCUGUUGCUCCGGCGGCCGCGGCGGUGGUGCAUGCCCCCCCGAAGAAGACUGCGCCGGUUGUUGCGCCGCCUGCUCCUGCUGCUGUUGCUCCUACCCCGACUCCUACCACUUCCGCUGUUGCUGCACCCCCGGCACCCACGGAGACCUCGGCACCCGACGACUCCACGACCAGCAAGGCGAUCCAGAUCAUCGCGUCCGAGGCGGGUCUGGACCUGGCCGAUCUGGCCGACGACGCCAGCUUCGCGGCGCUGGGCAUCGACUCGCUGAUGAGCCUGGUCAUCGCCGAGAAGUUCCGCGAGGAGCUCGGCGUGGUUGUCUCGGGCAGUUUGUUCCUGGAGUAUCCGGCUAUCGGGGAUCUGCGGAGCUGGCUGGAGGAGUAUUAUAACUAGGCUGGGGGGGUUGAGUCUGUGGGGGAAGCCUGCACUGUUUUGGAUUCGAUCUUGUGUAGUUAGGGACAUAGGUGUUUUUGAAGCAGUUUGUUCUGCUAUUCUGCUAGAUUGCUACUUGCUAGAGAUGAAGGAA